UGAACUGGUUAAAUAUUUUGUCUGCCAAUCUUUUACUUAUCUGCUAAAGAUAGGCGAAUACUGAUAGAUAUGGAAAAGGGGGUCUUUGAUUGGGAAUACGAUGCACCACAAUUCUGCGACUUCAUCGAUGAUAAAGACGAUCCAAAUGCAGAUGCGUGGUUUGAUGAGAAGGCACAGACUGAAGGCGGUGUUGAGAUUCCUGUGAAUGAUGACAGUGUUUACUAUGAAACUGAAGACUCAAAUGCAACAGGCCAACCUGAGGCUGAGGCUGAGGUACCAAGUCAUACUGAAACCAGCGGCUGUGAAUCAACCGAUACUGAAAGGAACACAAAGAAACGAAGACGCUCAACUCGUGUAGCAGACAGUGUUAGUGGUGGGGACACAGCUUCUGAAAGAUGUGGAACCCCAGUCUCCAAGCGAGCCAAACAUGAGACAGUCACUAAGAAGAAAUCUGUUCUCCGCACUGAACCUUUCCCCGAGACCAGCAAAAGGCAAUACCCAUCUUCAUCAACUGCUGCCAGGGGUCGGCGCAGCACGCCUGCCACUCAGCGCCGAAUGGGAGCUCACUCAAGACGCAGCACCCCGGCGACUAAUAAUCGCCGAUCAACCAAUUCCCAAUCAGGCAAAUUGACCAGAAAGCCGCCUGUGAUGCAAGUUCCAAGGUUGACCAUGCCAAAAACACCUGGCGUAUUGAAACGACCAACCAUCAAGGCUGCCUUAAAGCUCCAAACCUCGGAAGACAUGGAGAUAGAGAAGAUAAAGAAACUGAGGAAAGAAGCCGAAAUGACACGUAAGAUGGCCCAGAAGUCUCUGCAGCAUAUCCAUACUGGUACGGCCAUCAGACCAGUCGUCGUACAUGAACCGACUCGGCCCGUUGAGUUCCACUUCCAAACUGACUCCAGACUUAAGAACCACACUAUGGAGACGAGACAGGAUAAGACUGACCAUCAUAAAACCGACAUGCCACUGAAACUGACCGUUCCUAAACCAUUCCAUCUUCAUGAGACCAAGAGUCAACCAGAACAUGGCUAUCGAUUUCAAUCAGAUGCUGAAAAAGUGAUCGCUUUCCAAAAAGAUACGCCUGAAAGAUUUCGAACACGAUCGAGAAAUAAACCACCAACACCAAGAGCUCAGGCCCCGCCGUCAAAACUCACCAUUGCUAAAACGCCCAACUUUGAGACACGGUCGAGGAAACGACCUGUGACUGCCAUCAGCAUGAGUGAGCAGGAACAACUGGAGGUUGAGGAAAUGAAAAGGUACAAGUUCCGGGCUAACCCUAUCAAUCAAAGUAUAUUUGAUAACCCAAACCAAGGGGUUCAUAAAGUUCCCACCAAGCAACCCACAGUGCCCAUUGUGUUUGAUCUUGGCACGGACAAGAGAGUGCAAGAACGACCAAAACAUGACGACGAAGAGAAAUACGAAUUCCACGCUCAGCCAGUUCCCAAGAAAAUCUUGAAGGGAGUAGUGGGUGUCCCCAAACCUGCUGAGCAGCCCAUGACAAUCCCCCAGUCUCCAGCGUUUGCGCUUAAGAAGCGAAUCACCAAGCAACUGGACAUUAGUCAAGAGAAAGAGGAGGCUUGCGACCGAGUCAUCAAGGCCAACCCUGUCCCACACCUGGGCAUAUCAUUCCAACCUAAACUACAGCACAAGUACACCGUCCCUGCUCCGUUCUCAUUUGAGUCGAAGGACAAAGAACGAUUCCAGGCAAAGGAGGAAAAUAUCAAGAAAAUCAUUGAAGAAGAGUCCAAGGUGCCCGAAUUCCAUGCUCAGCCGCUGCCCCUUGCGUCACCAGAACUUCCUCAGAAGACUGUGAAACCAGCAACAAAACAAGAACCUUUCCACUUGUCAUCUGAGAUGCGAGGAGCGAACAGGGCAGACGAAUGGAGUCAGAAACUUGAAGAGGAACUGAAACAGCAGCGUGCACAGGCUGUGUUCAAGGCUCGACCAGCUACUGUCACCAAGAAGGAACCGUUCGUUCCUAGGAGAAGCAACAGAACUUUAACUGAAGUGUCAGAGUUUGACCUGAAUACCGAGAGAAGGGCUGUGGAGCGCCAAGUCCACGAGGAGGUCAAGAAAGAACGUCAGCAGGAGAUGGAUGAAGUGGAGAAGGAACGUCAUCGUAUUCGUGAGGAGGAGGAAGCAGCUGCCAUUACUAAAUUGCGUGAAGAGCUCAUACAUAAAGCCAACCCAGUCAGACAAUAUAAACCAACCAUUAUUCAUCCGAGUGAUAAACCACUUACAGCUGCAGAAUCGCCUCAUUUCUCCGAGCGGUUGGCUUUCAAAAAGGCGAGAGUGUGAUUAGUGUGGUAGAACUGUACAGAAGAGCAAUGUUUUUAGCAUUUGAUUUUCAGCAUGUUGACUGCUGUAUGUAACAAAUGGACAGGGGAGUUGAGAUGUUUAGUGAAGACUGUGUCUUUAUGCUGAUGAUCAACUUGCACAGUACCCAUAAGCUACCAACGCGUUGUAACUUGUUGGUAGCGUGUCGGGUUCGACACUUGACAAUCGCUGGUGUGGGAUGGAGGGUGAUCAAGCAGAUAUUUGUAGGUUACACCUCUCAUGGUGUGUCAAAUUGAUAUACCACUCAGUUUUUGAGGCCACAAUAGUUUUGGCCUAAAGGUUUUGUCAUAAGAUUUGUUUCGUCCUUCAAUUUCACCAGCCACCAAUGUUUCUGGUGAGGCUACCGUGGAUAACUGAAUCACCGCCAUGAGUACAGUACUUGAGGUGCAACCUCUCGUUUCCAAUCCUUGUCUGGGCCGCAACCUUUGAAACAUAGUUUUGGUGAUAGAGCCUUGAUUACUCUCGAGGCCAUAUUAUCACAGCAUGUACAGAGGAGUUUAGCCUUGCUUACUCUCGAGGCCAUCACAGCAUGUACAGAGGAGUUUAGCCUUGAUUACUCUCGAGGCCAUCACAGCAUGUACAGAGGAGUUUAGCCUUGAUUACUCUCGAGGCCAUCACAGCAUGUACAGAGGAGUUUAGCCUUGAUUACUCUCGAGGCCAUCACAGCAUGUACAGAGGAGUUUAGCCUUGAUUACUCUCGAGGCCAUCACAGCAUGUACAGAGGAGUUUAGCCUUGAUUACUCUCGAGGCCAUCACAGCAUGUACAGAGGAGUUUAGCCUUGAUUACUCUCGAGGCCAUCACAGCAUGUACAGAGGAGUUAGGCACUGUGACAGAGUCUCAUAAUGUGGAAUCCAGUGUGACUUAACAUUCGGUCACCACCUGAGAUACUCGUAUUCAUAUUGGCAAUUGUCAUCCCAUCUAGCUGAAUCCUUCCUGUGUAUGAUUGAAGACAUGUAUGUAUAGCUUUUAUCAUUAUCUUUUACUCUGUAUGAUGUACAUAUAUGUGAUUUUACUCCAGUAUCUUGUAUGUAUGACAACCUUGUCCAUGUGUUGCCUGGGGUUCAGUGGGGAGGAGUUUGUUUGAGAUGUGGAUGAGGACUGAGCGAAGGUUUGUAAUGAGAGACUUCCAUUGUAAUAAAGUCAUUUAGUCAAA